AUGGCAGCAACUGAACGAAAGUGGAAGCCAGGCACGAACUACUGCUCCGUUGUGCGGUGCCACAACAGCGGCAGACUAGCUAGGAAACUUGCAAACAAACCUUUGAGCGGACUCACAGGUCAGGAACAGCUGCCGCCAGUACGCUUCUAUCGCUUCCCGGGCAAGAGCUACGAAAAGCAACGACGCGAAGCCUGGAUACAGGCCGUACGACGGCAGAAUGAAAACGGCUCAGCAUGGGUCCCUAGCAAGACAGCACGAAUAUGCAACUACCAUUUCGUCGGCCACGCGAAAAGUGACAUCGAACAAAGCCCUUCCUACGUGCCAACGACAUUUCCUGAUGUUUAUCGGAAAAAGGCAGCUGCAAACGAAGGCAGGUUCAACAGGCCAACUGUAACAACAGCAGAUGGGGCAGGGAACAGCCCAACAGCCCAGGGAUGUCCUGAAGAAGGAUAUGUUGAUGCCACCCACGAGCCAGAGAUCACAGCCGAGCACAGUGCAAUUUGUGAUGACGAGUCAAGCACAUUUGAUUCCCAAGAGGGCCUGGUGCAAGGACAGAAUGACCGUCAGCUUACGGCUGCUGCGGAAACACAGACAGACUUCCCACACGAAGAUGGAGGCAUCAGGAUCUUCUCAUCUGUGACGAAUGAGGGUGUUGCUUCGACUCAGGUCACGCACGACAGUAAAGUGACAACGGCUAGCCAGAUCAGUAGAGAUUGGAAAAGAAAAUGUGGAUUUUCGGGAUUCAAGUCACUCGAGGCAUCUGAGCAGUCGUUACGCGACUUGUGCUGCGUUACGCUCCAGAUAUUCUGUGCACUACUCAACAUGAUCCCUGACCAAAGGUGUAAAAGUACCGACAUGACAAAAGAAGAUAAGCAAGCGCUAUUCCUGAUGAAGCUUAAGCUUGGAAUAAGCCUCACAUCAUUGGGAGCUCUCUUCGGAGUGAGGAAGUCAACCGCAUCCAGAGCAUUCCGCUACGUUUUGGACAUCCUCAGUGUGAAGCUUGAAAGAUGGGUUUUUGUGCCACCGCGCGAUGUCAUCAGAGACACCAUGCCGGACGUGUUCAAGCAGCACUACCCAUCAUGUACGUUUAUCAUUGACUGUACAGAGAUCAAAACUGAAGCACCUGGGCAGACUGAUCAACAGUAUUACCUAUAUUCAAAUUACAAGGGCACUUUUACACUCAAGGUCUUGGUCGCUAUUGUGCCAAACGGACAAGUGGCAUUUCUGUCCAAGACAUAUAGAGGACGUCAUAGCGACACUUUCAUUACCAGGGACUGCGGUUUUCUUGAGCACAUCCAGCCAGGUGACGUUGUCCUGAGUGACAAAGGUUUUCCGUCUGUGAAGGCAGACGUGUCUGAGAACGGUGCUGUUCUGAUAAUGCCACCCAUGGAAAGUGGAGGACAGUUCUCUCGGCAGCAUAUGGAGGACACCUAUCGUGUAGCUCAAGUGCGAAUACACGGAGAAAGAGCAAUCCACCGCCUAAAACUUUUCAACAUCUUGAAUAACCGGGUACCGGUCACCUUGAUUCCACACAUGAACAAAAUUAUGCGUGUGUGUGCUGCUCUCGUGAAUACACAAAGCCAGAUUAUAAAGACUGGCUAG